AUGGUGGCCGUCGAUCCGAAUGCCAGCGAAUGGCUCAAAUCACAACAACGAAGCUCCCGCAAAUACCGCAUUGUAAUUGCCACGCUCGGAAUUAUCGUGCUGCUAGCAAUCAUCGGUGGAGUUGCGUUCGCUCUCACGAGAAGCUCUCACGGAAGACCGGACGGUGCGGGUAACGGAAGUAGCGAAAACGGUGGGCACGGAACCAACACUUCUCCCAAUAAUAACACCGAUCCCUCGGGAAAUGGAACCAGUGGUGCGCAAUAUUACACCUGGGACAAUAAACCUGUCAACUUGACCAUCAUUCCCAAUGCCAAUUUUAAGAAAGCAUUCUACGGGAUGAAUUACGGCCCGGUCAAUGCCUCUUUCCCUUGGUGCGGAAACACUUUGGGUGAUGUCAUCGAGGAUAUCAAAUUGGUCUCGCAACUCACAAAUAGGAUUAGACUCUACGGAAUGGAUUGUCAUAUGGCGGAGUAUACACUCGAAGCGAUUCUCCUUUUGAAACUGAAUAUUACCAUCGUCCCCACGAUUUGGGUGGACGACAAUUACACCACUUACCAAAGGCAGUACAACGAUUUUUUCAACUUGGUGGGAAAAUACGGUGUGGAUCACAUCGAUGGUGUGUCGGUGGGGAACGAAGAGUUACAGACGACAGAAUUGUAUAAACGUAUCGCCGAUGUUCGUACCAAGGUAAACUCGAUGGGUUUCAAGAAGACGAUACCGGUUUUCACCUCGGACCUGGGCUCAAAUGUCGACGCGGCUUUUGUGAAAGCGACCGACAUGAUUUGGGCAAACGUGCAUCCAUAUUUCGCAGGUGUGAAAAUUGAGCAGGCAGCAAAUUGGACACUCCAAUAUUACAAUGAUAACGAUGUCAAAAUAGCAGCUGAUGGCAAAAAAGAUGCCGUGAUGUCGGAAGUAGGUUGGCCAACCGAUGGCGCCCCCUAUCAAGGAUCCGUUCCUACCAUAAAAAACCUACAAAUUUUUUUGGAUACCUUCAUUUGUGAUGCAAAUAAACAAAUUAAAUACUAUUAUUUUGAAACUUUCGAUGCUCCGUGGAAAAAGCAAAGAUGGACCACCUUGGAAGGAAGUUGGGGAUUGUUUAACCCCGAUCGAUCCUUGAAGUCAAAUAUCGUUCUCCCCACUUGCAUCGCCCCAUAA